GCAGGUAAUGCAAUCGAUGCAGUUUCGCGAUUCGCAUUUUAUAAACAAUAUUUCUCGACGUCGAUAAAUCUCGAUCGUAGUCGCGUAUGAAAUAUUCCCCGAUUGCAGAUUCAUCGAGUGUCGUUUAUUUUAUUAGUUGUCAACCAAGUUGAGAAUUUUUGACGGGAUUAUUUUGAAAAGAUUGUUAUAGCUUUUAGGGAAGAUGUCAACGACAUCGGGCACUCCGGGGAAUGGUCCAUCGGCUCUGACGCCUGAUGAAAUAUUUCACGAUCUGGGAAUUUUUAACGAUUUCGAUAACCGAUCCGGAGAUUUCAAGGAGUCCUUUGGAAGGGACAAGUGUGGAUAUUGCAAGGUACACGGGCGAGAAAUGGCGCAACGAAUAGUCGAAUUGGAGGCGAAAUUGUCCAAGGAAAUCGAAGGGAGGAACCACCAAAUGACACUUAUGAAGGAAUACGAGAAAAGGACCAACGAAUGGCUCUCCGAGAGGAACAAGGAGAUCGAGAUCUUGAAGUCAGAGAAAGAGAACAGAGAGGAAGAGUGCAGAAGUCUGCAGGAACACCUCGAAGUCAUCUCGAAACACCUGGGCAACCUAGAGAUAUCUUUUAACGACGUGCACGAGAAGUACGAGAGAGCGAAGAGUACCAUUCAGGUGCUGCAGAAAAAUAUCGGCAUUCUGAAACAAAGCCUAACCGAACAUCAAGAAUGCAUCAGGCAGAAGCACAAUCAGUUCCUCGAGUUAAAAGAGCACGCCAUCGAGAGAUUGAAUUAUGCGAACGCCCAGUUGGACCUCAUCGAGAGGAAAUAUUCCCUGGAGGGCUCCAAGUUACGAGCAGCUGUGAAUGAAGCUGAAAUGAAUGCCCGUUCAUUAUCCGAACAGCUGGAUCGAAGAAAUCAAGAGAACGCGGAACUGUCGAGCAUCUGCGAUGGAUUAUUAAAGCGACUCAACCUGCCGGGGAAAUAUCCUCGAAAGGAGUCACUGACGGAUUUCAUCGACGAGUCGGAGACCAUUUCAAGCCCCGAAAAUCAAUCUUAUGAAACGUAGAAAUUCUGAUAUAUUUAACGCUUCAAGAAUUCACGCCGAAAAUCCCGUGAACUGGUUGAACAUUUCUAGAGAAAUCGGAUUACCAGUAAAUCUUUCAGUGAUUCACUGUCAAGGUGCGAAGUAUGACCGAGAGGCGUAAUGACGAAACGCUGUCAAGAGUAGCCUUCCCGGUAGGUAGAGGAGUAAACAAGAGGAAAAUUACGUUCGAUUCAUAGAGUGCUCGUCCUCAGUGAAUCGGAUUCGUCGAGACAAAAGUGCGAAAUCUCGCCCCACCGUCCUAAUAU